AUGCCAAAAAAUUUGAAGUCAAGCUUCAAACUUUCUCCACCCAUCAAGAAAAAUUUCAAGAAACCUAUUGAGGAUUACAAAUCAAAGAUCUAUAAUGAUAACAGAAUGCAGAUAGAGCCUUAUUAUGGACGCCCCUCUGCCAGUCCUAAUGAUUUCUGGUCGUACAGUACUCCAUAUGCUUCUUCUUCUUCUUACUAUUAUGUAGCGCCGCCGUCUCCUCUGGGGCCAACUGUGCCGCUGGCGGUUCUAGGCCCACCACCGCCGAAGGACUGGAAGCUUAAGAAAGGCAAAAGCACAAGUGGUUCAACUUCAAAAUCUUGGACUUUCAAUGAUCCUGAGUUCCAGAGGAAGAAUUACACCGAUCGCGGCGUUGGAUUCACCGUCUGUCGCCGGUGA